AUGCAAGUGAUUGGCAGGAAUAGAUAAUGUGGAGUGGAAUGGCUCUGUGCAGGGCAUACGUCAGGCAGCGCGGCACUUUCCAGCCCCUGCAGUGAGGGUUGGGUACCAGCGGGCAAGGCAGAAGGCACGGUGGAGUCAUCACAGACUGAGGAUGAAGCUACUGACCGCGGCAUUGGUGGCGGCGGCGGUGGUGGAGGUGGCUCUUUGUGGCCUGCAGGUGGUGACUGAAGGAGGCAGAAUUCAAGGUGUAGGAGAUGCAACAAUCAAUGGCAGAACAUUUCACGCCUUCUACAGCAUUCCGUACGCCAGACCUCCCAUCGGUGACUACAGGUUCAAGGAUCCUGUGAAGCCCGUUACUUGGCAGCGGCUGGCCGACGCUACCCGCAUGCCCAAGAAGUGCCUCCAGGUACCCUUCGUUAAUACCAUACUGAAUAAGCAUCUGGAACCUGAAGAAAUACCAGGAUCCGAAAACUGCCUCUUCCUGAACGUGUUUACCCCCGUGGUCAGCUCCGUCCCAGAGAAGGCGAAGCUCCCUGUGAUGGUGUGGAUGCAUGGAGGUGCAUUUUACUCAGGCGGAGCUGAAGAAUAUCUUCCCCACGCGAUACUUGACCAGGACGUGGUGUUGGUGGUAGUACAGUACCGACUGGGUGUCCUUGGUUUCUUGUCCACCGAAGACUCAGUAAUGCCUGGGAACCUUGGCCUCAAGGACCAGACGAUGGCGCUUGAGUGGGUGCAACGCAACAUCCAUCUCUUCGGCGGCGACAGGAAGCGAGUCACCAUUUGCGGAGAGAGUGCCGGGGGGGCCUCCGUCCACUUCCACAUGUUAUCGCCAAAGUCCAGAGGACUCUUCUCCCAAGUUAUAAUGCAAUCCGGCACUGCCCUUCAGUCUUGGGCCCUGAACAGCAGGCACCGGCAAGAAGCGGAGACAGUCGGCCGCAAGAUGGGAUGUGAGGAUGUGCAGAACAGCACCGCCUUGCUGGCUUGCUUGCAGAAGGUUGACGCCAAGGAACUGACAGCGUCACUGCAGGACACUUUUCAAUGGUUCCUUUUGCCGCUCGCCUUCAUUGCGAGGGUGGACGGCGAUUACCUGCCAGACUUCCCCGUUAAUCUGAUCUCCAAAAAACUAUACAAUGAGGUCGAUCUUUUAGCGGGAGUGACCAAGGAUGAAGGAGCGAUGGUGACCCGGGCAUUAUUUGUCAGAGAAGACCUCGUCACUCAGUUGGAGGAAAACUUUACCGUCAUCGGGCCACUUUCCUUGAGCGUUGAGAACGAGAAAGAUUCCGUCACGUUGGCCAAGACAAUCUAUGACCACUACAUGAGUGAUAUCAACUUUGACGACCACAGCUCGCAGUUCACACAGUUGUACAGCGAUGUGUCAUUCAACCUUUACCACGACGAAGUCACAGCACGCCACGCAGCGCACUUCCCGGGGCGACGCACCUUCCGCUAUGAGUUUCAGCACAGAGGGGAGGCCAGCCUGUCCGACUGUUAUGGCACUGAGAAGGGAAAACACUGGGUUGGUCAUGCCGAUGAAUUGUUCUAUCUAUUCACUGGCGGGCCGAUGUUUGAACCAUUCCUCAAGGAAGGCCUCACUCGCCCUGAUGACCUGCACGUAAGGGACAUGAUGCUCAAGAUGUGGACAAACUUCGCCACUUCGGGCAACCCAACCCCUGACGCCUCCCUGGGUUUCACGUGGGAGCCCAGCACAGCUGACAACCUACACUACCUCGCCAUCACCACUUCGCCCUCCAUGCAGCCAGACAAUCGGAAAAAGACACGGGACUUCUUCGCCUCCCUGCCAAUAUCCACUUGGAGGAUUCUGUACGCAGACCAGCAGCAACAACAACAACAACAACAAAAACAACAACAACAGACCGAAACAGAACGCGUGCAGGAUGAGCUUUGACAACUCACAUUGGAUUAGCACACCACACGCCAUCAUCUCCUCAGUACUUAGAAAAGGCAGAUGCCAAGACAAUGAACACGAGGCCUCCACAGUGUUGGAGCGUGAUGAUGGAACAACAGGUAUAACUUUUCACCCCUGCCAAGUUGGUCAUUCUGUAAUUAUUUCUCCACAGAACAAGUUACAUAAGUCCAGAGCUUCCAGUGGAUGUCCGGAUAACUUUAUAUGUAAAUAAACUUUUUGGGUGCAGUGCACUUAAUUAUUAUUCUGUGGAAAUACACGUAAUCGUUUUAGUAUAAUGUCAUAUAUGUAUAUUUGAAUGUUGAAUAAUAAAAUGAAUGCAUAAAUAAACAUUAAAUUUCAAA